AUGUUACUGCUCCUCCACACUAGAAUGUAAACGACAGAUUGAAUGAACCAGGAAGUGCCAAACCCUAACCAAAACCCUCACCAAGGAAGAGUCUAAGAUAACGUUGGUGCGUAUUCAGUGCCAAAAUUGAAUCCUUAACAUGGAGGAUGACACAGCAAAAACUCAGCAGCCGUGUCAUGAUGACUCAGGGGGUUGCAGGGCCGGUGAAAAUAGACCUAACAUAUUUUUAACACUUAAUCCUUUAGCUGCACGCUAAAAGCGUCUCCAACUGGCUUUGUGCAGUCUUGGCGUCCAAGUCAUGUGUCCAGAAGAUUUCUGUCCAAUCUGCCAGUGAUUAGCCGGGCUUUUCAGUCUAUCCUUGGCGUCCUCAUGCAUGUGAUUAGCUGCAGGGCCCGCUACUGGACCACCCUGGACUGGAGGAGCGCAAACUCGCCUCUCCGCUGGCUAAAGGUUUGGAGGCUCCUUUGUGGAGUUUUAUUCCUGGGAUUUGUAUUUGGAUUAUGGAGGUGGAUGGAUCUAAUAUUUACGCCUUUUAGCAGCGCUAAUCCCUGACGGAGGUUCUCCCGAUGGAUUCUCCUCGGCAGUGCCAGCGACGAGGUUGACAUGAUUGGAAGGCGGGGCUCCGCUAGGCUUCCCGCUUGGCGUCUAAACUAAAGGACAAGCGUCGGUCGGCCAUGUCCUCCCACAGCUUCCAGUGCUUCAGCGCCGUCUCUGGGGACGCCUCCCAAAAACACCCCGCCUGCAGGCUGCCCCGCAUCUCCCAUCAUGACCCCGUGGCGGCCGAAUGCUGCCUGUGCUCAGAGUACAGACACGCCCGCACCAUGGAGGCGCUACAGUCGCUGUCCUCUCUUUGUCACUACGACCACCAUCACAGCCAUCAUCAUCCUCACCAGUAUGUUCGCUGGAGGCCCAGUAGGCCCGAGGAGUGCCCUGUGGCGCCUCAGCGGCACGCUAAGAGGGUGAUUCUGGUGAAAAACAGCGACCCCUCGGUAAGGAAGACAAUCGUCUUACAUCGCAAGGGGCUGCGCAGCUUUGGACUUUUCUUAGAGGAACUCUCAGAGCUCAUGCAGUACCACGUCAGGAAGGUGUACACUCUGGACGGGCACAAGGUUGAAAAUGUUCAAAGUGUCAUGCACUGUCCCGGUGUUCUGGUCUGCGUGGGUCGGGAUCCAUCCCACCCCUCUGUUGUGGAGAGAUUUCGAAAAGCAGCCGAAGAAAAAUUGCCAACUCUGAGCCCAAAAGCGCGAUCCGCCGGCUGCGCAGACAGCGAUGACGGACACACAGUUCAACCGAAACCCAAAGGAUCUACCAACCGAUCCACGAGGCAUUCGGUGUCUUCUGAGAAGUCGCUUCCAGAUGGAACAGAAUCGGCAGAAGACGUUGGCUCCUGUCCAGCCACCGCUGAGAAAUUAAUUGACGAUGAUGUAGAGAAACUAGUCUGUGUCAACAAAGAUGGCAGCUUAUCCAUGAAGAUGAAAGUGCGCUUUCGGCUCGAUGAAGAAACCUUAUUGUGGUCGACAGAAGUCAGAAAAAGCUCCAAUAGAACCAGCGAGCACCUUCAGGAGCAAGCUGUCGGGAGAAGCUGUUCGGGUUCUGAGAAUGUUUCCGAAACGGGUGACGCGUACGUGACGAGGCGCCACCAAAGACACAGUUCUCGUUGUCCUCAGUGCUGCAGUCAAAAGAGAGAGUACAACAUCUGGACAAACACGGCCGAAGCUUCUCAGGGAGAAAGUCGCGGCAUUCACACAUCAAGCUCAAGCGCGUCCUCGCACAAAGUGGUUUCCAGAAAGACCACGGUUGAAAAUCUCCAAUCUGUGGCCAGAUCGAGUGAGGAGCACAUAGAGGAAGUGGUGGAGCACGUUGAAGCGUCUGAAACGGUGGAGUACUGCACCAUCCGCAGUGAAUCAUACGUGGACGCUAUGGACAACUGUGAAGCUGAGCAAGAAGAAGAACCUGCAUCUACAAGUGCUUCAAGACCACCCUCACAGAGUGGAAAACCUGAGGAGGUCACGGGAGAUGACACUUUGAGGCUAUCAUCACCGGAAUCUUCUCACUCUCAGAACUCCACCAAGAAGUCCAAAAAGCUGCAUGCGUGUCACUGUGGAGCAUCCGAUGUAAAUUCCGAGGAAGCACUUGCAGUUACGUCUGUCCAAUCAAACUCAGAAGAAACAAAAACAACAGAACCCGAGGGUGUGGAGGAGGAACGAUCCAAAAGUGCCAUGUCCGUUCGUUCAAAUGCCUCAACAAAGUGCAAACCAGAAGUCUUAGAGUGUGAAGAAAGACCAUCAAGUCAAACAUCUGAGGUGACAAUUGAAAAAUGUCAAUCAGAGAAGGAAGCCGAUGGAGAAAGACCAACAACUUCCUUGUCGUCUGCUGAUGUGGAUGCAGCUGAAGAAGAAUCUGCCAAAGAACAAGUCCAAGACCAAGACCAGGCCGAGGAAAGUGAGAAUGGACAGCGACCACAAAGCCAAAUGUCAAUGAAAUCUUCUACAAAGUCCAAAACACCUGAACAUGAUCUAGAAGAGAAAUCAGAAGUCAAUGUUGAGGAACUCGAAUCUACGAAGGCUGAAGAAGAUCAAGACAGAGCACCGAGUGUCCAGUCAGCAACAUCUGGGAAGUCUAAAACCUUGGAAGUUGAAGAGGAAGUGCAAGACGAAGAUGCAGCGUUGAAUACCGAUGACUGCAUUGAGGAGAAAACCGAGGAAAGACCUCCAAGUACCAGGUCGGUAGUAUCUGCUACAUCAGAAGCAGGUUCAAGGAAAUCGAAAACCCCAGAAGUUGACGCUGAUGGAUCUACUACAGAAGCAGUUGAAGAUAGACCACAAAGCACAAAUUCAGUCGUUUCUGCAAGAUCUCCCCAAUCUAAGUCAUCGGAAGCUCCAGAUGAAGAUUGUAAAAGUGAUGGAGUGCUAACUGAAGAAGAAGCAUCAAGCAACACAUCAGCCAAAGUGAGCAAUUCGGAAGUCCAAGACGACAUCUCAAAUUCCCAGGAUGAGGACACACAGAGGCCGAAAUCAGGCAACCACGGCGAAUCUGAAGCGAGAUCCCACAGUGCCAUGUCAGAAAAAACUGCCGAGUCAGAAUCAUCAGCAGUACAGGUAUCUGUAAAGUCCAAAGAUUCUGAAGAUAACCCUGAAGAACACGACAAUGAAGAAGCAAGCCAGAGGUCACCAAGCGGCAUGUCAACCAACUCAAGCGUUUGUUCGAGGUCAAACGAGGAUCGACGAGAACCAAGUGUGAUGUCGGUAAAGUCAGAGCGAUCGGCAAAGUCGGGAAAAUCAACACGAUCUGCUAGAUCUAACAUCUCCAAACCUGAGGAUGUUUCUUCACAUUCAAAUGUUUCUGAAGUUCCUUUAGAAGAUAAUGUUGAUGUCCAGGAAGAAAUAACAAUUGAUGAGAAUACAAAAAGUAGAGCAACAAGCGCCAUGUCAGCCCGAUCCAACAAAUCCACAAGAUCAAGUAAGUCCAAAUGUUCUGCUGACGUUCCAGUGGAGGAAAGGUCUCAGUGUUCCGUUGAAGAAACAGAAGAACGGGCCUUAAGCUGCAUGUCAGCUAAAUCGAUCCAGUCCCACGUUUCUGCAGAGAGAACACCAAGUGCUUUGUCUGCAAAAUCGGCAAAAUCGCACAUUUCUAGAAACUCCGAUGUUUCUGGAAUUUGUUCCAAAGAUGUGGAAGAGGAAUGUGAUGAGCGAUCACACAGUACGAUGUCACCUAAAUCUGCUAAGUCUUCUCUUUCUGUAAAAUCGACAAAAUCCAAAGUAUCCACUGCUUCAGCUGAUCCAUGUAAUCACCAAGACAGGGUACCAAGCAGAAGGUCAACUAGAUCAGAAAGAUCUACAAAAUCAAACAUUUCUGUAACAUCUAAGUCCAUAAAGGACGGUCCAUCUGAUCACGGUAUGGGUUCUCCCCAAGAAGAACAAUCUGAGAGCAGAUCAAUGAGUUCACUAUCAGUUUUAUCGAGUGUUUCAGGAAGUAGAUCCAAACGUUCGACUGAAGCUCCGUCUGAACAAUGCAGGCUUAAGUCACGUGCUUCUGAGACGUCGGUAGUAUCCAACGUGUCAGAUGUUCUAUCUGCAGAAGUCUCAAGUAGAGCGGAGAGUAAAGUGUCUACCAAAUCCUCAAAGUCCAAGAAAUCUAAAAUCUCAGCUGAUGAAAAUUCUUCUUGUCAUGAACCAGUAGAAAGAACUUUGAGCAACUUGUCCAUCAAAUCUGCAAGGACAAUCUCGGGAUUAUCGGGAGCAUCUCGGGAUGUUUCUGAGCUGACCAGCGAACACAGCGUUGAAAUUGCUGAAAUGGAGAGUGAAGCACGAGGAAGCUCGAGGCAGUCCAAAGAUGAAGAAGGUCCUGAACCUGUCGAUAAUAACGAGGAUGAGAACCAAACUGAAGUUGAAGAAUCAGUCCAUUCACAAACAUCUUGUGUCGUUGAAGAGGUGACCAUGCAAAGAGCUCCCAGCUCCUUAUCAGCAAGUUCUGCAAAGUCAAAGUCUUCAGGUCUCUGUAUGGAUCAUGACGACGUAUCAGAAAUAAGAUCAGCAAGUAAAGCAUCCGCCAAAUCAACCAGGACAAACAAAUCUGGCUCAUCAAGAGCGACAUGUGAGGAAGAACAUCGUGCUAAAUCACAACAAUCGGACAUAUCAGCAAAAUCCUUACAUGUACAACAUGAAGACAAUACGGAGAGAACACCAAGUAGUUUCUCUGGCAAAUCAACCAAAUCCAGAAAGUCAGGUUCCUCUGCAGCAUCAAAGAAGUCAAAAGCUGCUGUAGAUGUUGCUAAUAUUGACGAAACUGAAAUCAAGUCUGUUGUGUCUGGAGAAUCGAAAUAUUCCGCACAGCCUGAAAAUGAACAAGGAGAAGAAGAUUGUGAGGAAUUAAGAACCCCAAGUGCAAUGACCGUUAAAUCAGAUGUAUCUUUAAAAUCAAGGACGUCAAACAUAUCAGGAAAUGCAGCUGAAAUACCCGCGGAGGACGUUGAUGUAAUCAGCGGGACUCCAAGCAUUUUGUCCAUCAAAUCAAAUUUGUCUUCAAGAACCAGAAAGUCUGGAGUAGCCGCCAGCGAACAGACUGAGAAAAGAACCCGAAGUGCGUUGUCAAAUACAUCUGUAAAAUCCAAGAAGUCAGAGGUUCUCGCCGUGGAAGCUGAGGAAUCGGAAGAAAGAACGCCUACAGCCAUGUCAUCCAAGUCCAAAGUAUCAGCAACAUCGGAUGCUCUGGAAAGAAAAAGUCGGAAAGAACAAAAGUCGGUUUCGGUCAAAUCUGUCAAAUCCAAGAAAACCGAUAAUGACAAGCAGCCUAUUAAUGGAGAUGUGAGCUCGGAGAAGGAACUAAAUGGACCUACAGAUCCUGAGGAUGCUAUAAUUGACAACAAUAGCGACCUGGAGAAGACGGACGCUGACGAUGCUGCGAUAGUUCCAUCAAACCUACCAAACGCUUCCCCGACUGAGGUCGUAAACGAAUGGCUUAAAACCAUACCGGCCGACAGCGAACUCUGCGACGUGGAGGAGUUUAACUGUGACAGGCUCAAAAGCGGCACCGCCGUUGACGAAACCAACGAAGACUCCGCCGUUGAGAAUGUAAACGAACCAAACGAUGUGCAAGAUGUUUCUGGAGAUGAUUGCCAGAAAGCUACAGAGGAACCAAAUGCAGAUGUUGGAGAUACUGACUCCAAGAUAUGUUACUCUUCCGUGCAGGUGAUGAGAGUGCUUCUCAAUCCAAAGCUGGACAGAUGCAGUAGUCUACCAGAGGUUUCUCCUGCGUAUGGACGCAAAUUAAGCACUUCAGCUCGAGGUUUCUUAGAGUGUCUUGUGAAGUUGCAGUUGCUAGACCACGAUCCGAAGAACCCAGAUGAAAAAUGUCAACGAUAUAAAACACUGAUGGAGAUUCUCCAAUCCCUUUGGAUAUGCGACUUUUCUGACAAUGAACCCGUGUCGGAAAAGGACCGCCACUCUGACGAGGAAUUCAUUCACACGUCUUCUUCUGGCGUGGAUGUCAAUAGUGGCUCCACAGGUUCUGGAAAAAGCAGCGACAGUGCAAACGGUACUGGUGCACAAACCCUCGCAGAUAUUUUUACCAAAGCACAAGAAGACCACCAACAUGAAGAACCAGGUGGACCUGAGGGAACCCAAAAGGGAGACCCAUCCACAAAUGAGACCAUUAAUGAUAGUCCAAGAGAACUUUCCGAAAGCCCACCAUCCUCAGGUAAUGGUGAGCGACUUGAAACAGACUCCAUGUCUGAGAGUCCACUACAGUCCAUGAAACACAUUUGCCGAGACUCAGAUCCUGUUUGGGUUCUGAGUUUACUAACCAAAAUAGAGAAGCAGUUCAUGACUCAUCACAUCAACGCCAUGCGAGAGUUGAAAGAUCAAUGGAACCUAGACGAUGACGAGCACCUGAACAGGAUGAUAGCAGAAGUUCAAACACGCAUCCAAACCAGCAUUCAUAAGGAACUGUGCAAGAUCAAAGAACGAGCAGGUCUACCAAGGCCACCGAAAGAAGCAAAGUCCAGACCUUCAACGACUCAAACGGACGAGAGGAGACGAAGGCUUAAGAUCAAAGCCAAAGAGUCGUACGAAUCGCAGUUGGGAAAAAGCGAUGACUCAGCAACAAGUACAGUUUACAGUGACCAGCGUGGAGAAACCGAGGAUGAAAGCUGUCCAUGCCAAUCAUGCGCUGACCUAAAGAGAAACCUUCACAUGAGAAACGAAGAUCCUACAGGUGGAUGUCUCGCCAACAUGGACGCUAAAGCAGCAGCAACACUUGUUGGACAGAUUCUGGACCACGCCAUAGACCAAGAUGAUGUGACCAAAGAAACCGAAGAUGGGGUCACAGGUGGAGAUGUUCCUGAAGAAGAAGCCAAGCCAAGUGAAGACCAAACAGAAGCUCCAUUUGAAGAUAUUGGACCAGAGACGGAUGAUGCCACCAACAUGAAGAUCUCCAAUGAACAUGAAAACACUGAUGAUGAGGUUUCUGUGGAAAACGAGAUGACGGCUGAGGAAGCUGUUGAAGAGGAGGGUUCAGCUGAGAGAGAAGAAGAAGCGUCAGGAGAUGGUGAAGAGGAGAUACCAGCCACCAGCGGAGAUGUGAAUGUGGAUGCGUCCACUGUGAAGGACACCAGUGAGGUUGUGGAAACUGAUGAUGAGGUUUCUGCAGAAAAAGAGACGACCAAGGAAGCAGCCACUGUGGAUGAAGAAGCUGCAGAAGAUGAGAAAAUGAGUGAAGAGGAUGCCGAAGCCCUCAUGGGAGAAGAUGAGAAUGCACCCACAAGUGAACAUGAAUGUGAAGAAGAUGGAGAAGUGGGAGUUGACGGUGAGGAGCAAACUCCAGCUACCAGCGGAGAAGAGAAUGAUGACAAUGCUGAGAGUGAUGAUGCAGCCACUGAGGAACAGGACGCUGCAGAAGAUGAGAUGAUAAAUGCGGAGGAAACCAUCACGGCUGAAGAUGAAGAUGCAGCACAAGAAUCCAUCAGUGGUGAAGAGGAGUGUCCUGGUACUCGUGGAGAUGAGAAUGAAGAUGAGAAUGAAGUUGCUUCAGAAGAUGAGAUGAUGAGCAAAGAGUUUGAGGAAACAACUGCAGCAGAAGAAGUGAUGAUAGAUGAAGAAAGGUCAGCCUGUGGCGAGGAAGCGACUUCUGCUGCCAGUGGAGAUGAGAACGAUGAGGCACCCACUGAGCUUGAUGACACCAACGCUGCCGAUGAGGUUACUGCAGAAGAGGAGAUGAUCAAUGAAGAGAUUCCUGAAACAGCUGAAGCUGAAGACGCAGCACCAGAAGAUGCCAUCACAGCCACCAGUGAACACCAAUCAGAGGAAGAAGAAGCUGCUGCUACCGAUGGAGGAGACAACGAUGACUCAGCCACUGAUGAGGUUGCUGGAGAAGAUGAGAAGAUGAGUGAAGAGGUUGCUGCUGAUGAUGAAGAUGAAGAACGAGGAGUCAGUGGUGAAGAAGAGACUUCUGCCAUCAGUGGAGAUGAGAAUGAUGGGGAGGAUGACAAUGAGGUUGCUGCAGAAGAUGAGAUCAAUGAGGAAGUCACCGAAGCAGCUGAAGCUGAAGAUGCAGCACAAGAUGAUGAUGAAUCUGAGAAAGUCAGUGCUGAAGAACAAAUUCCUGCCACAAGUGGAGAUGAGAAUGAAGAUGGAGCCCCUGACGAAGAUGAGGAGAUGAAUGACGAGGUUCCCGAAACAGCAGAAGAUGCCACCAUGACAAAUGAUGAAUCUGAGAAAGAGGAAGAAGAUAAUGAGACUCCUGACAAUAAUGGAGAUGAGAAUGAGGAUGCCGCCACUCAUGCUGCAGAAGAUGAAGAGAUGAGUGAAGAGGUUCUUGAAACAGCAGAAGAUGUAGCAGAAGAGGCCACCAUGAUGGCUACAAAUGAAGAUAAAUCUGAGAAAGAAGAAGAUAAUGAGACUCCUGCCACUAGUGGAGAUGAGAAUGAGGAUGCCGCCACGGAUAAUGAGGCUGCUGCAGAAGAUGAGGAGAUGAGUGAAGAGGUUCUCGAAACAGCAGAAGAUGGAGCAGAAGAGGCCACCAUGACGGCUACCAAUGAAGAUAAUGAGACUCCUGCCACUAGUGGAGAUGAGAAUGAGGAUGCCGCCACAGAUAAUGAGGCUGCUGCAGAAGAUGAGAAGAUGAGUGAUGAGGUUCUAGAAACAGCAGAAGAGGCUACCGUGACAGCUGCAAAUGGUGAAUCUGAGAAAGAGGAAGAAGAUCAUGAGACUCUUGCUAAUAAUGGAGAUGAGAAUGAGGAUGCCCCCACAGAUAAUGAGGCUGCUGCGGAAGAUGAGAAGAUGAGUGAUGAGGUUCCCGAAACAGUAGAAGAUGUAGCAGAAGAAGCCACCAAGACAGACACAAAUGAGGAUCAAUCUGAGAAAGAAGAAGAUAAUGAGACUCCUGUCACUAGUGGAGAUGAGAAUGAGGAUGCCACCACUGAUAAUGAGGUUGCUGCAGAAGAUGAAAAGAUGAAGGAUGAGGUUUCCGAAACUGCAGAAGAUGCUGCAGAAGAGGCUACCAAGACAGACACAAAUGAGGAUGAAUCUGAGAAAGAAGAAGAUAAUGAGACUCCUGCAAAUAAUGGAGAUGAGAAUGAGGUUCCUGCAGAAGAUGAGAAGAACAGCGAAGAGGUAGCCGAAACAGCUGAAAAUGAAGAUGCAGCACCAGAGGUCACCAUGACAAAGGAUGAUGAAGAAGACACUCCUGUCACCAGUGGAGAUGAGAACGAGGAUGCUGACACUGAUAAUGCCGUUGCUGCCGAAGAUGAGACGAUGAGUGAAGAGGUUCCUGAACCACCAGAAGAUCCUGCAGAAGAGACCACCAUGACAGCGACAAAUGAGAAUGAAUCUGAGAAAGAGGAAGAAGAUGAUAAUGAGACUUCUGUCAAUGAUGGAGAUGAGAAUGAAGAUGCCGCCACCGAUAAUGAGGUUGCUGCAGAAGAUGAGAAGCUGAGCGAAGAGGUUACAGAAACCGCUGAAGAUGGAACACAAGAGGCUGACAAAGAAGAAGAAAAUGAGACUCAUGUCACUAGUGGAGAUGAGAAUGAGGAUGCUACCGCUGAUGAUAACGUUGCUGCAGAAGAUGAGGAGAUGUGUGAAGAGGUUCCUGAAACAGCAGAAGAUGACACGGUGGAGGCCACAAAUGUGGAUGAAUCUGAGAAAGAGGAAGAAGAUGAAAUUCCUGCCACUAGUGGAGAUGAAAAUGAUGUGGCGGCCACUGAUGAGGUUGGCGAAGAAGAUGAGAAGAUGAGUGAAGAGGUUCCUGAAACAGUUGAAGCUGAAGAUGCAGAACAGGAGGCUGCGGUGACGGCCCCAAGCGACGAUGAAUGCGAGAAAGAUGAAGAUGUCCCUGGUAAUGAGGAGACUCCUGUCACCAGUGGAGAUGAGAAUGAAGCAGAAGAUGAGGUAGAAGAUGACAAUAUGGAUGGCACUGCGGAGGAAGAGGAUGCUGAUGAAAGUGGCCAUGAGGUGACUGAGGAAAAGCCAGCCGACGAGGGAACGGCGGCAGAACAAGCAGAUCCAGAUUCCGAUCCGGAUGCUCCUGCAGGUGAAGAUGAAAGCAUGCCUGAGAAUGAGGAUGAAGACGCUGAGAAAGGGCCAUCUGAAGGAGCAACAGAUGAUACCAGAGCUGAAGAGGCCACAGAGCAUGAUAAUGAAAAUGAGGAAGAAGAACCUUGCCUGACAAGUGACGAUGGAGAUGGCCAAAAGACAGGCGUGGAGGAGGAUGGAGAUGAGCCAGAUGAUGAGGAACCAUCUAACCAUGACGAGGAGACUGAUGAGCAAGAAGCAAGACAAGAAGAAGACCAGGCUGCUGCUUCUUCUCAGGAUGUUGAUGACCAUCCAGAAGAAGAGGAGGCUGAGGGGUCCAUUGACGGUGAAGAAGAUGCUGGAGCAAUUACAAAGGAAUGUGACGAGGAAGAUCCAGAAGCAGAACCUGAAGAACCUGCUGAAAACGAGGAGUUGGGAGCAACUGGUGACGAAGAAGAGGAUGGAGCAACUAAUAUGGCUGAAGAUGAGGAUGUCCCAGAUCAAGGUGGAGUGACACAGGAGGCGGAGGAGGAGCCCGAGGAACCUGAGGUGACCAAGGGCGAUGGUCCUGAUGAUGCAGGGAACGAGGAAGCCAAAACCCAGGAAGACGAUAACGAAGACGACCAUGAAACCAUCGGGGACACUUCUGAAGUUUCUGAAAAAGAGGAAGAACAGGGGGAGUCGGCCGACGGCGAAGAUGAAGCUGAAUCUGAGGAGGAGGAGGAGGUGGAAAGAAGUGAGGACUUUAUCCCUGACGAAGCAGCCAAUCAGGAAGCAGAUAAAGCUGUCGUCGGGGAAACUACAUUAGGGGUAAAUAACACUUUGUUGAAAGCCAGCGCCGAGUCUGAGGAAGGCGUUUACGCAGAUGGAGAAGACUCGGACGCUGAAACGUUAAAGUCAGACACCAAGUAACGUAGAGAAGAACCGGAUGCGGUAUUCCAGGUAUUUCUACCGGAAUAACAUACGCGUAUCCCAACCACCACCUCCAUGAUGAGGCAGCUCUUUCAUACAACUUGAAAACUCGGAGGAAAACUUGAAUAAUCCACUUGUGUACUGCUUAAUAGUACUCCAACCUGGAACUUCCUGUAGCGGCCACAAUAUUACCUACAGUACCCCAUUCCAUAUCAUGCAGCUUUUCUAUUGGAUCCCAUUAGCGUACCUAAUAUUGUGGCCAUUGUGUGCAUAUUUGCACAUACACAAUAUUGUAGUUUUUUCCUAUUUGUUUCUGUUGUUGCGAUUAUAAUACUCUUUAUUUUUCUAGUUAUCUUUUCUGGAAAAGCCAUGAAUGAUUGUCAUUUUGAAGUACUAGCAUAUGAAGGUUAGUAGAGAAGAUAACAUUGGAUUCAUUGUGUUGGGGCGGGUAUUACCUCAGCUGGAUGUACUGCACUUUUUUUGUCUGUGGAAUAAAAUGCUAAUGCACUUUAAA